AUGUCGAACACUAGAUUUGCCGACAGGAAGCCCGCACGCCGCACGCUGGCGCACCAGGACAAGCUCCCCAAGCUCCCCAUUCCAUCACUAGAAGACACAUGCAACCGUUAUCUUCGAGCGCUCGAGGCAUUGCAAGACGAGAGGGAACACGCAAUGACGAAGGUCGCUGUUCACGAGUUCUUACAGUCGGAUGGCCCGAAGCUACAUGAGCUGCUGCAGGAGUAUGCACAGGACAAGGCCAGUUACAUCGAGGAGUUCUGGUACGAGUCGUAUCUGUCGCACAGCGACCCCGUCGUGCUCGCCCUAAAUCCCUUCUUCGUCUUGGAGAACGACCCCACACCUGAUCGCGGGGCACAACUUCCUCGCGCUGCUUCCCUCAUCGUGUCCUCUCUUGGCUUCAUCCAUGAUCUUCGGGCAGGCAUCCUCGAACCAGACACCGUUCGCGGUGUUCCUCUGGACAUGGACCAGUAUUCUCGACUCUUCGGGACGUCCAGAAUACCCACAGACCGUGGGUGUAGGAUGGAGGUGCAUUCAGAUGCACGGCACAUUGUCGUUCUGAGAAGAGGCCAAUUCUACUGGUUUGAUGUUCUCGACGAGGAGAACCUGCCCCUCCUGACCGAACGAGAAGUACAUAGAAAUCUCCAAGCCAUAAUCACAGAUGCAGAUAAGAUGGACGAAUCACAUGUGGCUCGCGGGGCCAUUGGCGUCCUCUCCACGGAAAACCGCAAAGUUUGGUCGGGCCUCCGCGAACUCUUGUCACAGGAUCGGAACAACAAAUCAUGCCUUGAGAUCGUCGAAAACGCCCUCUUCGUCGUCUGCUUGGAUGAUACCACGCCCGAGACCCUGGCUGACCUUUGCAGUAACUUCUUAUGCGGAACGUAUAGUCUGCAAGGAGGAGAACAGGUCGGCACUUGUACGAAUCGGUGGUAUGACAAGCUCCAAAUCAUCGUCUGCGCUGAUGGGUCCGCUGGCAUCAACUUCGAACAUACUGGCGUUGACGGCCACACAGUUCUGAGGUUCGCGGCCGACAUAUUCACAGAAGGCCUAAUGCUUCUCGCCCGCUCGAUCAACCCAUCAGCACCCACGCUCUUCCAUGCGCCACUCUCACCUCAUGCCAGAGCGUACAAGCCGCCAAGGGGUCACGGAAAGCCACCGUCGCCCACAGAAAAAAUCGACACGACGCCCAAGAAGCUCGAGUGGAACCUGACGCCAUCGCUCCGCGCAGGCGUACGUUUUGCGGAGACAAGAAUAAGCGACCUCAUCUGCCAGAACGAUUGCCAAGCGCUGGAGUUCAAGGGUUACGGAAAGAACUUUAUCACAAGCCAUGGCUUCUCUCCGGAUGCUUUCGUCCAGAUGGCCUUCCAGGCAGCCUACUUCGGGCUGUACGGACGGAUCGAGUGCACAUAUGAGCCCGCAAUGACGAAGACUUUCUUGCAUGGCCGGACGGAGGCGAUUCGAACGGUCCAGCCGGAGAGCGUGAACUUUACGAAGACUUUCUACUCUGAGGCUUCUCCUCAUGCUAAGGCCGCCGCGCUCCGGAAAGCAUGCGACAGGCACGUCAAACUUACAAGAGAGUGCGGUCAAGGGCUCGGGCAGGACAGGCACCUGUACGCGAUGUACUGCCUCAUCCAACGACAACUGCAGAACAAGACAGAGGGUCACGAAAAUGGCAUCAUCUCUCCUUCACCUUCGCCGCCGCCGUCUCCCAGUCACAGGAUUAAUAAAAUGCCUACGAUCUUCACCGACCCUGGUUGGGCGACGCUUGGGACCUCGAUCCUUUCCACCUCGAAUUGUGGCAAUCCAGCCCUGCGUCUAUUCGGAUUUGGACCUGUGGCGGCGGAUGGAUACGGUAUUGGCUACAUCAUCAAGGAGGACGGCAUCUCUGUUUGCGCCUCGUCUAAACACCUGCAAACGCGCCGGUUCUUGGACACACUCAAAGGCUACCUUCUCGACGUUCAGCGCCUGCUCAUUCAACUACACCGAGCAGCUAACGAGCGACCAGCGCCUUUCGUCGACCACUUGGGGAUUCUUCGUGACUCGAAGACCGGUCGACCUAUUCAUGGCGCGACGUCGGAUGGGGACUCAGAUGAGGAGGAGGUUCCUCUGCCCGGAUAUUCGUUCUUCGACUCAGGCGAAGUUGCACUUCUUGGGAGGAAGAAGAAAUCGCCUUUCUCUGAUGUUGGGAAAGUGAUACCUCUCGCAGAAUACUGA